AUGUUCAUUGCCGUAUCCUUGCCGGACGACCGGCGUUGUAUCAAGAUUCCGGCGACCGCCCCACCCAUCUCUCUGUUCUCCGGGAUCGAACGGAGACAUCCUCUCUCUGAAGCUUCAUCAAGAAUGAACAUUGAUUGGACUUUGAGCAGUUGUUCCUGGAUUUGGGAGGAGGACAUUAUAUUCAAGAACGAGUGCAAUAAUUCUGAGUGGACCACAGAAGAGGAUAAAGAUUUCGAGAGUGCUCUAACACUGUACAACAGGGAUCCCGCCCGUUGGGAAAGAAUCGUGUCGACAAUCCCCGGAAGUACAAUUCGAGAGGUGAGACUUCACUAUGAAGCACUAACCGAGAAUGUCUUGACAAUCGAGCCAAACAACAACCAUGACAAUCACGAGCAAGAAAUGAAACUGUCAAGAAGUGUGGACAAGGGGAUAGAAGAGGAGGAAUAUAGAAGGCUGGAUUCGACAAGUACGGAUGGAAAAAUCGACAUAACGGCUGUUGGAAAACAAUUGGAGAGUCCGAGUGGCUCGUCUCGUAUUCCUACGACGUUCGGUAACCUGUCACCGGACGAAGGGGUUGUGUCUGAUUUGUCUAACAUUGUGCCUACAUUGCCUGAGAAGGUGGAUUCGGAUGUGUUUGUGUUGCCCCAUUAUUUAGAUUAA